GAGCAGUGGCCGUGGUCCCCCCACUUCGGCGACCAUGGCGGCAAUGGGGCUGCGUAGGGCAGCGGUGGCGGCCCUGGAAGGCGGCCUGCUGGGCCGGGUCCCUGCCCCCUCGGCAACCGCGGCACGGAGGCACGCGGCGCACUUCACCUUCCAGCCGGACCCAGCGCCCAGCGCCCACGGACAAACUCAGAAAAUGAAUCUCUUCCAGUCUGUAACAAGUGCCUUGGAUAAUGCCUUAGCCAAAGAUCCUACUGCAGUAAUAUUUGGUGAAGAUGUAGCCUUUGGUGGAGUCUUCCGGUGUACUGUUGGCUUACGAGACAAAUAUGGUAAAGACAGAGUUUUCAAUACACCAUUGUGUGAACAAGGAAUAGUUGGAUUUGGUAUUGGAGUUGCAGUUACUGGUGCUACAGCCAUUGCAGAAAUCCAGUUUGCUGACUACAUUUUUCCAGCAUUUGAUCAGAUUGUUAAUGAAGCAGCAAAAUAUCGCUAUCGCUCUGGAGAUCUCUUCAACUGUGGAAGUCUCACAAUACGAGCACCUUGGGGUUGUGUAGGUCAUGGUGCAUUAUAUCAUUCUCAAAGUCCAGAAGCCUUUUUUGCCCACUGUCCAGGAAUAAAGGUUGUUAUUCCAAGAAGUCCUGUCCAGGCCAAAGGAUUGUUACUGUCAUGCAUAGAAGAUAAAAACCCCUGCAUAUUCUUUGAACCUAAAAUACUUUACAGAGCAGCAGUGGAACAAGUUCCUGUGGAGCCAUACUAUAUUCCGCUGUCUCAAGCUGAGGUGCUGCAGGAGGGAAGUGAUGUUACUAUGGUUGCCUGGGGAACUCAGGUGCAUGUAAUCAAAGAGGUAGCAGCCAUGGCUCAGGAAAAGCUUGGUGUGUCCUGUGAAAUAAUUGAUCUGAAGACUAUUUUGCCCUGGGAUACCGAGACUGUUUGCAAGGUGCAUAUGCCUGUGUUUUCUAUAGUUACGAUUACAGCAUAUAGUCUCCCUAAAGUAGACUUCAGCUGUCUGUCGGUGGUGAAGACUGGACGAUUACUGAUCAGUCACGAGGCCCCUUUGACAGGAGGCUUUGCAGCUGAGAUUAGUUCUACUGUUCAGGAGGAAUGCUUCUUGAAUCUUGAGGCUCCUAUUUCAAGAGUAUGUGGUUAUGACACUCCGUUUCCACACAUCUUUGAACCUUUCUACAUCCCAGACAAAUGGAAAUGCUAUGAUGCCCUUCGACAAAUGAUUAACUAUUGAUAAAACAGAUGGGAGAAUGAUUGCAUUCAAAAGUCUUCUUCAGAGCUUUUGGCAUCUACUCAGCUCUAUUUGUCCUGGAAGUCCCAUAGCAGAUUGUUUUCUGUAAAGUCAACCAUUGUGAAUGCUCACCUUGGCUAGUCUUCAAAAGCUCAGAUUAUAAAAUCAAUGAUGGACAGGUGAUUGCUGUAAUAAAUAGACUCAGAUGUAUUUAAAAAUAAUUCAGAUGCAGUAGGAACUUUACCGACUUCAGUGCUUUGCUAGGACACAUCUUCAAAUGACUUCACUGUGUAAAUAUUAGAUGUGGGAUUGUAUUCAAUAAAACAUAUUGUGCUCAAG